AUGGCGGGAUUCCCUCUGUUCAGUACGACCAAAGAGCACGAGCGCUCGUCGGGCUCUGACAAUUCCGCCGGCAAGAUAGGGGAGAAGGAUCUCGAGCGAAACACUCAGGUUCCCGGCGGAUUGUCCGAUUCGGAGUCGGGAGAGGUCGGCAGACAAAUUGAGCUGGAGGCUGAUAAUUCGAUCAAGUACCGGACUUGUAGCUGGCAGAAGACGGCUGCGCUGCUCUUCUCCGAGUAUAUCUGUCUGGCGAUCAUGUCGUUUCCGUGGUCGUACUCGGUUCUCGGCCUUGUCCCGGGGUUGAUCCUGACUGUGUUUAUUGCGGGUGUCGUUCUUUAUACUUCACUCAUCGUAUGGAGAUUUUGUCUGCGUCAUCCGCAUAUUCGCGACGUCUGCGACAUUGGUCAGCAUCUGUUCUGGGGCUCGCGGGCUGCUUGGUAUUUUACCGCGGUGAUGUUUUUGUUGAAUAAUACGUUCAUCCAGGGCUUGCAUUGCUUGGUUGGCGCCAAGUGGUUCAACACAAUUACCGGCCACGGAACCUGCACCAUCGUGUUCUCCCUUGUCACGGCGAUUAUAUCCCUAGUCUGUUCGAUUCCACGAACAUUCGGCACAUUGGCCAAGGUCGCGACAUUCUCAGCACUUGCCACGUUUAUCUCCGUCAUGCUGGCCGUUAUCUUUACUGCCAUUGAAGACCAUCCGGCGGACUACAACACCGGUGGAACAUAUGUUGGUGAACCGAAGGUCACCGCCGUCCCUGUCUCAGGCACGACCUUCGUCUCAGGAAUGAGCGCCUUCCUGAACAUCAGCUACACCUUCAUUGGCCAGAUCACCCUGCCCAGCUUCAUCGCGGAGAUGAAAGAGCCCAAGGAUUUCUGGAAGUCCGUCACCGCCGUCACAAUCGCCGAAAUCAUCGUCUUCAGCUUGGUCGGCGCUAUUGUAUACGCAUAUACUGGAGACCAGUACAUGACCGCUCCCGCUUUUGGUUCGAUCGGCAACGAUGUGUACAAGAAGGUUGCGUUCACGUUCAUGGUCCCGACCAUCAUCUUCCUCGGUGUGCUGUACGCCUCUGUUUCCGCCCGCUUCAUCUUCUUCCGCAUCUUCGAGGGCACCCGCCACAAGGGCAACCACACUUUCGUCGGCUGGGUGAGCUGGAUCGGCAUCCUCGCUGUUCUGUGGACAGCCGCCUUCAUCAUCGCAGAGGUCAUUCCGUUCUUCUCGGAUCUGUUGUCAAUCAUGAGCUCGCUGUUCGACUCAUUUUUCGGCUUCAUCUUCUGGGGCGUCGCCUACCUCCGUAUGCGAUACGACGAUCACGGACCGGGCUUCUACAAGAAGCGCGGCAUCCGGGGCUGGAUUGGCGCCAUUGUCAAUGUGUCCUUGAUUGGCAUUGGACUGUAUUUCUUAGGACCGGGCACUUACGCUUCCGUCGAGAGUGUGGUUCUGAAUUACGAGGCUGGCACUGUCGGAGGUCCUUUCUCCUGCGCUGACAAUGGGGUUUGA